CUACCCUCUCUCGCCAUGGCCGGCCGCCUCCUCCUCGCUCCUCUCCUCCUCCUCCUGCUCCUCCAGCCCUCCGCGCCUUCGCAGGGGCACGCGCCUCCGGUUACGGCUGCGGCGGCGCGCUCUGGCCGGUGCCCGAGGCCGGAGGAGGGGGCGCUGCCGCCGUUCGUCGCCUGGCUCCGGCGAACCUGCCGCGGCACGACGGAGGGACACCCGGCCGAGGAGGUUAAUGGGGAGGAACUUAUCAAAGAGUUGGGUGAAAAGGCGGAGUGCACUGCCAUCCUCUUCUAUGCAUCAUGGUGCCCUUUCUCUCAGAGUAUGAGACCGACCUUCGAUGAGCUUAGCUCAAUGUAUCCGCAGGUUAAGCACUUGGCUGUAGAACAGUCAAAUGUCAUGCCAGCAGUUUUAUCAAGAUAUGGUGUCCGUAGCCUUCCUACUAUAGUAAUCGCUCAUCAUCCAUAUGUGUUUUGGCCUCUUGUUCCUAAAGAUCUCAACUCACUGCUCGACUUUUACAUUGAUGUUACUGAACAAGAACCAGUUGCAUAUCUUGGUCCACGUAAGUGGAACACGACUGCAGAAAGCCCACAAUAUGCGAAGAUUUGGAAUGGCUCAUUCAGCGAAUCUGUGAAGAGGGAGCCCUACCUAGCAUUCAGCAUAGUCUUCAUUUGCCUAAGGAUAUUCCUGUUCUUCUUCCCGAAAUGCUUCGCUUGCGUCAAAGGCUUGUGGACCCAGUACUUCCGACAUGCCAACCUUGGAGUCCUUGCCAAAUUGGCUCAGCUGCUCGAAUGUGUGCCUCAAGCUGUGGAUGUAAGGAAGAUGUGGAGCAAAUGGAGGCUCAUGGUUGGAGCCAUGAACACCAGGGUAUGGGCAUCAUCAUUAGCUUCUGUGUCUCUUGGUGGGCAAUCUUCUCCCCGAGCUGCUGGGUUGGAUUGAAUGUUUCGAUUUUAACAUGAAACGGAAGAGCACGUGGACUGUUUGAAUUGCGCUGGUCGUAGAAUCUCCUGUAACUCACAUGAACAUGUAGUGAUACAUCUUGUCUGUAGCAUGUAAAUCUUAGGAUACUAUUGAGCCUUUGUAGUUCACACUGUAACAUUAGUCAUGAGUACCCAUUGUCAUAGUUUUGAGCAGCUGGAGACACAACAUAAGCCCUUGCACUAUUUUUAAACAUGUAACCUGCUAUUGGAGUAUUUCCAUCUGUCUUGUACUAAUAAAAAGUGAAGACAUUUCAGCA